CAAUAGUUUAGGAAACUGACAUGAAAAAACACUUCAUUAAAAUAUAUAAAAUCCUUGUAAUUUGUUACUCCUAUGAAUCAAAUCAAAACCGUGUUUUUGUACUACCUUUGACAUUUGGCUUCCAUUUUCUCAUUCAUUUCUACUACCAAUAAAGCCAUCACAGAACACAAACUUCUCAAUCAAACCACACCCUUUUUUUUCUUUCAAUAAUUUCUCAUUUUUGUCUCAAAAGUUCAAUUUUUUUGGUUUCAUCCUCUUUGUUUACCUCAAAUUUGGAUAAAGUUUUGCUCUUUCCAAUUUUGGGUCUCAGAUUUUCAAGAAAAAGGGGAAAUUUUUAGUAUGAUUUUCAAGGUUUUUUCUAUUUUGAUUCUACUUGUGUUAUGUUCUUUUGCUGUGGAAGCCAUUUCUGUGAAUCAUAAUCACAAUAGUCUCAAGAAGAAUGGAUCUUCUCUUGCUGCUAUAAAGUUUCCUGAACAUCCAAGUUUCAAUGUUGCUUCUUCUUCUGAGGACACUGAUUGUGGUUUCUCAAAUUCAGACAAAUUUGGAACUUCAAUGAAACCAGGUGAAGAAGAUGUUGAGGCUUUUCUAGAUUCAAAUCCACAGAAGAAAUCCGUGAAGCUUCAUUUGAAGCACAUAUCAAUGAGGAAUGAAAUUGAGCCAAAAAGAAAAUCAGUGAUUGAUUACACAGUAAAGGAUUUGACAAGAAUUCAAACUCUUCACACAAGGGUCAUUGAAAAGAAGAACCAAAACACAGUUUCAAGGCUGCAGAAAGCAAAUCCAAAGCAGUCAUACAAACCAGCAGUUGCUGUUGCUCCGGUCGCUGCGGCUGCGGCUGCGGCCUCGCCGGAAUAUUCGACUCAGCUUGUGGCAACUUUGGGAUCAGGAGUGAGUCUUGGCUCUGGUGAGUAUUUCAUGGAUGUGUUUAUAGGUACACCCCCUAAGCAUUAUUCUCUAAUACUUGAUACUGGUAGUGACCUUAAUUGGAUUCAAUGUGUUCCUUGCAUUGCUUGUUUUGAACAAACUGGUCCAUAUUAUGAUCCUAAAGAAUCUAGUUCUUUUGAGAAUAUAACCUGUCAUGAUCCUAGAUGCAAACUAGUUUCAUCACCAGAUCCACCUAGGCCUUGUAAAGAUGAGAAUCAAACUUGUCCUUAUUUCUAUUGGUAUGGUGAUAGUUCCAACACAACCGGUGAUUUCGCAUCGGAAACUUUUACGGUUAAUCUCACAACCAGUGAAGGAAAUUCGGAGUUCAAACAUGUCGAGAACGUGAUGUUCGGUUGUGGUCAUUGGAAUAGAGGACUAUUCCAUGGUGCUGCUGGUUUGUUAGGGUUAGGGAGAGGACCUUUAUCAUUUGCUUCUCAGCUUCGGUCUAUCUAUGGUCAUUCGUUUUCGUAUUGUCUCGUCGAUAGAAACAGCGACUCGAGUGUUAGUAGUAAGUUGAUAUUCGGCGAGGAUAAGGAACUUCUUAGCCAUCCGAAUUUGAAUUUCACUUCUUUCGUUGGUGGCGAAGAGAAUUCGGUCGAUACGUUUUACUACGUCGGGAUAAAAUCGGUUAUGGUUGAUGGCGAAGCGUUGAGUAUACCAGAAGAAACUUGGCGAUUAUCAGAAGAAGGUUCUGGUGGUACUAUAAUUGAUUCUGGAACAACUUUAACUUAUUUUGCUGAACCUGCUUAUGAGAUUAUCAAAGAAGCUUUUAUGAAAAAGAUUAAGGGGUAUGAAAUUGUUGAAGGCUUUCCUCCUCUAAAGCCAUGUUAUAAUGUUUCAGGAAUUGAGAAAAUGGAGUUACCUGAUUUUGGGAUUUUGUUCUCAGAUGGAGCAAUGUGGGAUUUUCCUGUUGAGAAUUACUUUAUACAGAUUGAAUCUGAUGUUGUUUGUUUGGCUAUUUUGGGGACUCCUAGGUCUGCUCUUUCAAUUAUUGGAAACUAUCAGCAGCAAAAUUUUCAUAUACUUUAUGAUAUGAAGAAAUCUAGACUCGGUUACGCACCGAUGAAGUGCGCUGAUGUUUAACAUUCUUUUAAGGUUUGAAAGGCACCCAGAUUAUAAGCAGUCAGCGCAUCUGAAGCCAUCUGAAUAAGAUCAAACAAAUUAGAUCUUAACAGGAUGGUCGUACAUGCGAUCAACGCAUCUGAAGCCAUCUGAAAAAGAUCAGUUAUUCGGAUGGUUGUUGGUGCGCUGACUCUGCAUGCAAUCCGAAUGAAUGUGUUUAAAGAUUACACUGUAUAGUCUCAUAAUUGUAAACAUGGUUAUUAAGAGGAUGUAGAAUUUUUGGUUUUUGGUUAGAUGGGAAAUUAUUUACAUAGAAAAAUAAAAAUAAGUUUAGGUUAUAUUUUAGGGUUUAUGACCAAACACAAACUUGUUUUGUAUACAUUUUAACUGAUUCAAUUUUAAGUUUAUUGUUUAUUCAA